GUGGUGGAGGUCGAGAUGGAGAUGGGAACCACAGUUGAGAGCCGCUGUUGCGCGGGGGACUGGGUUCUUGUGCCGAACAUUUCCGCAAUCGGCCGAUGGCGGCUCCGUGGAGCGCGCGGCUGCGGCAGUUGGCGGCGUAAGUAUCGGCGCGAGUUUAAACAGGAGGGCGCGGGAACGAUAUUCGGAGCGCGCAGUUCCUUACAGCAAAAUGCUUCUGAAAGAUUGCUUCCUUUCACAAGCCCAUGGCACCAACUGCACGUACGAAACAAUUCAAAUAGAUCUUCUGUAGUUCGUUUUGGAAGGCAGGCCUACGUCAGACUGUAUCCUGUUCUGCUGGUUCGACCUGAUGGAUCUACUAUCAAUAUCCGAUACAAGGAGCCUAAAAAAAUGAUUACUAUGCCAGUGGAUGUUUCUCUUCUACCAGAAGCCGAGCGAAAAGCAAGAAUGCGCAAACGGGACCCCAAGAAAGUCAAAGUAAAUGAGGAGCGAUUUGAAGAUGAAUUUAAGGUUGAAGAUUACAGCAAAUUCUGGAAGAAAAAAUAAGCUUCAGAUGGCAAAAUCUGAGAAAGACAAAACUAUUAGUGAAUGAUUUGCCUGCUGUUUAUGUCAAUAGAACAUGGCAGGUUGACAGUGCACAUUAUAUAAUUUAUGUCUCAAUAAAUUGUUUUUAUUUAUCAUUUAGUGAAGUUUGAAGUUUUACAAGAAUGCCUACGGAAUAAAUCAUUGUUUAAAAGAUUUAAAGAUACCUGCUAUGAAAAAUGUUUUGAAUGUCAAUAAACCAUUGUCUAUCAAUAA